UGGAGCAGUGCAGACAGGCAUCUGGACAUUUCAUAUCUAGAUUCACUCAGCAGGAAUGACUCUUCAACCUACAAGCAUCCCAGACUUCAGCACCACGGCUAUAUAUGGGCACCAAAACAACACCAAUGACAGUCAUUGUCCCAAUGAAGAUGACUGGGAUUGGCUCUACAGCAUGCAGCCAGUGUAUAUGCUGCUCAUCACUGUACUAGGAGUCAUAUUUAAUAUGUUUGUCCUGAUGGUUUUCUGCCUCCACAAGAAGCCCUGCACCGUGGCUGAGAUCUACUUGAGCAACUUGGCUGCUGCUGACCUUCUCCUGGUGUCUUGUCUGCCCUUUUGGGCUGUCAGUGUAUACAACGGUUUUAACUGGCCCUUCGGACAGUUCCUGUGCAAAGUCGUCAACGUGGGCAUCAACAUGAAUGCCUACUGCAGCAUAUACUUCCUUGUUUUGGUUAGCAUAGAUCGUUAUGUGGCACUGGUGCAUACGAUGUCCCAUGGGAGAAUGCGCAGGCCGAAAUAUGCCAAACUGGCCUGUCUGCUGGUGUGGGGCUUCGGCUUACUCCUCAGUGUCCCCGCACUCAUUUUCAGGAUAGUAAAACAUAUACCUGAGUAUAAAGCUCAUGCAUGCAUGCUGCAAUACCCAAACCACACUGUAGAGCUGCUCUAUGAUGGGAUGUUGAUCGUUUUAAGCUUUAUCAUCCCCUUUUCAAUUAUUUCAUUCUGCACUGUCAAGAUUAUUCAGGCUUUGAAGAACCAGACAGUAGAGAGGUUCAAUGCUGUGAAAACAGAGCAGAAGGCCACCAUUCUGGUGUUGGUUGUCCUCCUAGCCUUCCUGAUAUGCUGGGUGCCUUUCCAUGUGGUCACCACACUGGAUGUUAUAAUGAGAGCGGAGGUCCUGAGAGGGUGUCACCUCACUGCAGCCCUAGAAAUCUGCAACCAGGUCUUCACUUACUUAGCCUUCCUCAACAGCGCUCUUAACCCGAUCCUGUACGUCAUUGUUGGGAAGAACUUCCGGAAAAAAGUCCAGGAACUCUUCAAGCAGUGGGUGAUUAAGAGAAGAGCAACCACUGAGUCCACACGCUCAAACCUUUCUUCAACACUGAAGACUUUGGUAUAAAAUACUGCUGUCAAAAGCACUGUUCCCCUCAAGUAGGCUUUGCAAAAAGAUGACCAAAUUCAAGUUAAGAUUUGCAGUGGACAUAAUUGUGUAGUAAAGGGACCAAAUCAUUCUUUUUCAUUAUCAAUCAGUAAUGAGACUAGGUUUCUAGGUUUAAUAAAUUCUAUGAAACAUAACUCUAUGUAUAUGGACACAAAAGACUUGAAUGAAUGUUCCCUCCUGGAGAGGCUGUUCUGACAAAAGUGUUAUUCAUCUCAACCAUGUUACAUAAUUAUAUAUCACUUAGCAUAAGUUAGAAAACCUAACCACAUAGAAAUGUUACUCACACUUUUUUGACAAUUCCACAAACUGCAGCUGCGGUGCACUGUUACAAAUUUUGCAAACAUCAGAAUCUUGAACGUACAGAUAGUUUGAUGUAAAUCUGCCUGGUUUGCUGUAAAAUAAUGUAUAUAAAUAUAAUAUUCAUAUUUUGUCUUUGAUUGCUUAUAACUCAUACUGUAAAUAGUGCUGGUGUUUGU